CAACAAACCACACAAAGGAAAAAAAAAAGCAAGCACGAUACCCAAAAUAUCAAACACUGUCUUCUUCUCCCUUCUCUUCUCUUCUUCUCUUCUUCCACGUCUACCUACGCGUAUAUCCCACACAUCUGAUCUCUCUAUACAUACAUACAUCAUCAACUUCGAUCCAAUAACAUCCCCUCUCUUUGCUUCCAAUAAAGUACUCCAAAGAAAGAAGACCUCUGUUCUUUUUUAUAGUCUCUGUAACGUAACUCUCAUCCUAUAUUAAUAGAUAGUAUCAUCAAAUGGAGAAGGAAGACUUGUACGCUGUUAUGGAUUUGGACAACGAAUGUACUCAAGGAGAUCUCAAACUUUCUUACAAGAACCUUGUUCUGAAAUGGCAUCCUGAUCGGUUUCAUGAAGAGUUAGAAAAAGAAGAAGCCAAGAUGAAGUUCCAAUCCAUUCAACGAGCCUAUUCUGUUUUGUCGGAUUCGAACAAGAGGCUGCUGUAUGACGUCGGUGCGUAUGAUAGUGAUGACGACGAAACUGGAAUGGCUGAUUUUAUAAAUGAGAUGGUGACACUAAUGGCUCAAACUCAAUCUACGGGGGAUGAAAGUUUAGAGGAAUUUGAAGAGUUGUUUGAAGAGCUGUUAAAAGAUGAUCUCAGUGAUCUAUUCAUCAAAACUAGUUCAUCUUCGUAUGCAUCUACUACUUCGGUCCACAGCGAUGAUUUAUUAAAUGAUGUUCCUGUUCGACAAAACUAUUGUUGUAUAAGUUCUAGUAAGGUACCGGUGGUCCAUGGACGAGAGAUUCCAAGUUGGCUGGCAAUAGAAGAUCUAAGAAGUAGAGCAUUAAAAGUUUUAACAUUCAAUUUUGUUGUUGUUGUUGUUGUUGUUGGCACUUUGUUCAUGUAUUUUAGUUUAUAGUUUUGUAUGUAUGUAUAAUUUUUGUCGUUGUGCUAAGACAUGGUAUGUAUACAAUAUUGUUGAACCUUCUAGGUUAUUUGAAAUCUCUAUUUUUUUUUCAGUUA